CGACUUAAGCGUUUCUAGACAAAUAUUUCAUUAUGGGUGCUCAAGGUUUCGUUUCGGGGGAUAAUUGCGUUAACCAGAUAGUUCACCGGUCCUUCUCUGCAGGAAGGGGUGUUUCCAGCUGUCCAUCCGUCCUUCCGGUCCCUCCCCUCCCCUAUGGUCGCUGAUACCUGAUUCAGUUGUAAAACGUUCUUUCCAGAUCUCAACAGUGACAGCAGUAAUAGAUCAUAAACUUUACAUGGCAUGUGUCGAUAGAAUUUUAAAUGCAUUGUCAAAAGCAUGCAGCACUUUGCGACUCGAGCUGAAUUCUUCCCUGAGAAUGUAGGACUUUCCAAGACAUUUAGCUGUAAAACAAAUGGAAUACUCAAUAAAACAAAAGUGUGUUACAAGCCAAUAUUUAACAAAUCUUUUAAAUUAAGUAUUAAAAAAGUAUAAAAUAUUUAGUUUGCAGUUACAAACUAUUCUAAUAUCCUUACAAAAUCAUUUUGCAGAAAAAAAAAAUCCUCAAUACAAUAAAUGAUUCUUGAAUGAGCCGACAAUGAUUCUUGAAUGAGCCGACAAAUAUUCUUGAAUGAGCCGACAUAUAACAUGAAGUGAUUGAAUCAGCAAAGGCAAUUAAUUCCUACAACAACAAAUAGUUUUUAGAGCUGCAAACGAUCAAAAAAAUAAUAAAACGAAUGUAAUCAUUUCAAGCAACCGAUAAAUUUCGUUGCUUAAAAAACUAUUUGAAACAAUUAAAGCAAACGAUUUUAAUCCAUUCAAGUAAUCGAUUAUAAGAGUUAAACGAUCGUAGUGAACACUUACUUUGUUGCUGAAAAUGAGAGAAGAUGAUUAAACUCAUUCAGAGAGCAAGAAAAGUUUAGUUUCCGUGUAUAUUUUUGUAAAGCGAAUUGUGAUAUUGGACAUUUUACUCAGAAUUAUAAAGUUUCAUGGAAAUGGAAGAUUCAAGACCGACUCUUGAUAGACAGCCCAGUAGAUUCUCACUGUAUAGUAUCGAAAGACUUCUGAAUGUAGGCAGAGACGUUGUGCGUCGUCCCAAUCUAAUUGACAUUCAAGAAGUUGGUGAACCAAGAGGUAAACCAGAUGGAGCCAUUGAUUUUAGUGUCCAUACCAGAGAUCCGACUGCUGCUCUACGAGACACGCUUUCAAGGCUUGUACAGAGACAGGAGCGCUCUUCCUUAUCCGAUUUGGGAGUGAUGGGUGAAGAGAAUCCUUCAACUCCAUCAGAGCAGACAGAUCAACAGAAUCGGGGCCCACACCACCCUCUAGAUUCCACAGAUGAUGGGGAGACCACUAAUGGAAGUGGACCUGACAAACCUAGGAAGAUUCGAAGGAGUCGAACAACUUUCACUACCUAUCAGCUGCAUCAGCUGGAGAGGGCUUUCGAGAAAACACAGUACCCAGAUGUAUUUACAAGAGAAGAAUUGGCAAUGAGGCUGGACCUCAGUGAAGCGAGAGUACAGGUAUGGUUUCAAAAUCGGAGAGCGAAAUGGAGAAAAAGGGAGAAAGCAAUGGGAAGGGACAGUCCAAACUUACCUUCAGGUGUAGAUCUUUUAAUGGGACCAAGAACGGAUCUGCCUUCCUUAUACCCGAGUUCCGGACCACACCUGCAUAGAGGUAUACCCAUGCCUCCAUCUGAUCAUCAUCUAUGGCCACUCUCCACUGGACUUCAAAGUCCACUAGGACUUUCUCAUAUGUUGAACUAUAAUAGCAACAAUUCCCCAACUUUAGGUCCACCCGGUUUAUUUGGACACCAUCAUCCACCUUCUUGGCCCAAAGCAGUCACUCCACUUAGCUCAGCUUUGUUAUCAGUAUACAUGCUCAGUUCGGCAGCUGCAGCUUCAGCCUCAACUUCCUCUCCGACUACAGCACCAUCUGUUACAAGUUUUGCGCACCAUCCGGCUUUGUCUUCAGGCAAAGCGUCCUUCCUUGGACAACCUCAUCUUCAACCAACUUUUCUGGGUAUGGACUCUGGACCAUUAGUGAAAGGACUGGAUGCUGGAAGAGCCAGCAUAGACAUACUUAGGUUAAAAGCCAAAGAGCAUGUUUUAGAGAGGCCAAGUCCUUCUCCGCAACCUCCUUCCAGGCCUGAAUCGUCUUCGUGAGUUCUAAACAAAGGAAUAGACUUGUACUCACUCUAACUUACUAAUAUAUGUCAUGUGACAGUUGUACUGCAUACGAUUGUGUGUGUGUGAACUUUUCUAAGUGACAUUUAUCAGAUAUGCUCAUUUUUGUGCAGAAUGAGCAUCAGUCUGAGAUCUCCUAUUAGUGCUAGUAUUAAAAUGCAAACAUUAUUU